AUGGAAUCUGAAAAUGGAGUUGUUAUGGAAGACGAGAAACAUGUUAUUGGGGAAACAACUAAGGAGAACAUUGACAAAGAAGCUGAAAACAGUUGCAAUGCUGAAAUUCAGACCAAGAAUGAGGCCUCUGAAGCCAUUGUAAAAGUUGAAGGGCCCAAAUCUGCAGCAAGUAAAAACUCAAAACUUGCCAAGGAACAUGGUGGCAAAGGUGGUCUUGCUUCAAAAAACAACAAAUCUGCUACCAAAGACAAACCCAAUUUGAAGUCCACAACUUCACCUCAAACACACAGGCCCAACCUUUCCAAAAGCCUUUCUUUCCCAGCCAAAUCAGCUGGUAAAGAUGUCAUGAAGAAAAGCAUUAAUGGCACUCUUGUGAAGACAGAAACUAAGCAUGCUAAUGGGGCUAGAACCGAGCCUUCCAUUCGUCGUUCAAGCAGGCUGACAAACAAUGAAGUGAACUCAAAGGAAUCUAAAAAAACCACUGGAAAUUCUAACCAAAAGACCUCUUUAACAUCCAUGGCAAGCCUUAAAAGCUCUGAGAUUGGAGAGUCUACACGGGCGGUGAAUGCGGUUUCCAAGAGCGUUACAUCUGAGGCAUCCUUACCUGUUGAUCAGAUUUCAACCCCAGCAAAAACUGAAAAACCAAAUAAAGAGGAUGAUGACGCUCACUCCACAACUUCAAGUCAUACUCCUCGUAGGAGGAGCAGUGGUUCUGGAUUUUCCUUCAGAUUGGAAGAAAGAGCGGAAAAGAGGAAGGAGUUCUUCUCAAAGCUAGAAGAGAAAAUUCAGGAAAAGGAAGCAGAGAAAACUAACCAGCAAGAGAAAUCAAAGGAAAACCAGGAGGCUGAGAUCAAGCAAUUGAGGAAGACUAUGACAUUCAAAGCCACUCCAAUGCCAAGUUUCUACAAGGAACCUCCUCCAAAAGUUGAAUUGAAGAAGAUACCUAUAACACGCCCAAAAUCUCCAAAGCUUGGAAGGAACAAAGGAUAUGUUGUGAACCAUUCAGAUGACAAGUCUUGUUCUAGUCCACAUGCAAAGCAGCAACAGAAUGAUUCAACCAAGGCAAAGGUAAAGGGUAGCAAUAAAGAAGUGAUCUCAAAGAAACCGAUCAGAAAAACUCAAGCCAAGCAGCCUCAGGAAACUGCAAUCGGAAAAACUGAGAAUGAUACUGUGAAGUCUACUAAAAUCAACCAAGAUGUCGAAGCAGGGACAGGAAACAAUGAAGAAUGCCAUGAACCACCAGUUGACAAUUCUGGAUAUCAAAAUGACAUGGAGUUAGAAUCCAAAAAUGAGCUUCCUCAGAAUGGUGCACUGGUCUUAAAUUCAUCCACACCCGAGAUUGUAUCAUAUGAGGUUACUGUUGGAGUGUAG